CAUUUAUUUUUUGUUUGGGUGAAAUAAGCCCACCUUUUCUAUUGGUUAUUAAGAGAGAGAAGAAAGUCACGGAAAGGGAAGAGCAAUUGCAGGCAUAUUACAGAGAGAGAGGGGGAAAGGUGAAAGGGAGGAGAAGGAAGGAGGCUGCUUACCCUUUUACAGAAUCGAUCUGCGGAAGGAAUGGAAGAGGAGGUUUCUUACCCUUUAACCGUUUUACAGAUUUGAUUGAGGCUGUCCCCUCCGGCGAGAAGCACAAUUACUCGCAUCAGAAAUCUCCUCCUAUUCCCAAUUUCAAACAAAUCAAAAUCCCUAAUUAUAAGCAAGUCGACGACCCCACUCGCUGAUGGAAGUCCUUGGGAGUGGGGAGAUCGCGAUUGGGAGUACCGCGGACGAUCUCGGCGGCGGAGAGGUUAUUGACGAGUGCGACUUUCAUCUCCGGCAGCCAGCCCACCUCCACCGCAGGUUCCAGAUUACCUCCAGAGAUUCGCUGCUAUCUUCUCUGUCGAUUGCUGCAGCAGACAGUGUACAAAUGCCGGACAAGAUUAACGAUGUCGACGUACGCACAGAAGAAACAAAACCACUGAGAGGGUUUUCAUGGGCAAAGAAGGGCAGAGUGGAGAAGUACAACAUUUUGCUGGACCCUGUCCUUAGUGUAAUUCACAAAUUAGAAGCUACAAAAUUAACCGGAACGGGUUCAUCAUCUAACAGAAGCACUAUUUCAUAUUGCCUCCACUUCUUGCAGAAUCAAAAGAUCAAAUUCGAAGGGGUGGACGCGAUUAGAGUGGAAGCUUCUUACACUAUGGAGAUGAGACUCACUGCUUUUAUUGCAUUCCAGUUGGGGAAUGCCAGUAACUAGGACCUUUGAGCUCUCCCAUGCAGUUGAUUGAGAUGGAUGGAAGUGCAUGUGAGUCUGGUCAGGGUGGUGAGAUUCUGCGCGGAAAAGGAUAAGAUGCUUAUCUAUGUGUUCAUGCCGAACAGAAGCUUGGACUUCCCACUUCUCAGAACUGGUAUAAUUUGUUUUCAUGGCUUCAUUGUUUUUUAAUUUCAAUAUGAUCUUAGGGGAUUUGUUGAUAUAAUAGAGCAAAGCUUUUCCCUUAAGUUUGGUGAUUUUGUCCAAGGUUUUGUUCUUCAAAAUUGCUAAUUGACAGGUGGU